AUAACAUAACAUUUUCCUAUUACACAUAUGCGUAGUAAAAUUACAAUGAACCCUCUAGUUGUUGGUCGUGUAAUUGGAGAUGUUUUGGAUAACUUUACAGAUUCUGUGUCUCUAAGGGUUAUUUAUGACAAUAACAAAGAAGUCAUCAACAGUGGUGAGCUCAAACCCUCCCAAAUUGUCAACCCACCAAGAGUUCAAGUUGGUGGAAAUGACUUCAGGACUCUAUACACUCUGGUCAUGGUAGACCCUGAUGCACCAAGCCCUAGUGACCCAAAUAUGAGGGAAUACCUGUAUUGGAUGGUGACCAACAUUCCAGCGACUACAGGGACAACAUUCGGUCAAGAGAUAGUGAGCUAUGAAAAUCCAAGACCAACAUCAGGGAUUCAUCGUGUGGUUUUUGUGUUGUUUCGACAACCUUGUAGACACACAAUAUUAGCUCCAGGGUGGCGCCAGAAUUUCGUCACUAGAGAUUUUGCUGAAGUUUAUAAUCUUGGUUUACCUGUUGCUGCUCUCUAUUUCAAUGUUCAACGAGAAACUGGUUCUGGUGGAAGGAGGAUGAUCAUAUAAUACUAAUAAAAUUAAAAAGUAAUAAAUAAUAAUAA